CUAGGAAGUUGCAGGCUUCUUAUCUUGAACGCGACUCAUAUGGAAUCCGCUACGCAAACUACGUAGUUGCUGUCAAAGUUUCCCGCGAAACUACUGCACAUGCAAAUCUAUAUCAAAACAUUUCUGCACUGGUGAUAUCCUUGCACUGGGUAACCCAGCAGUCUCUUAGCAGCUUACCAAUAAGAGCAGAGGAGCGGUCAUCUCGUGGCAGUUCAGCAGCCUGUUCCUGAUAUUGUCGCAGGCAUCUAAAAGUCAAGACGGGCCAUGAGUGAGGUAAAGGAUAGGGAUUGUGAUCCCCAGAACUCCCAUGUUGACAGGAGAUGGGACAGUCAGUUGUCAGUCCUCCCAGACAAGCUACAACAGAGACUGAUGCCAUUCCAAAAGGAGGGAGUCAAAUUUGCCCUAUCAAAGAAUGGAAGGUGUAUGAUCGCAGAUGAGAUGGGUCUAGGGAAGACGGUGCAGGCUAUCUCUGUGGCCUACGCCUACAGACAGGAGUGGCCUCUGCUCAUCGUGGUGCCCUCCUCUCUAAAGUACCCCUGGAUCGAGGAGAUGGAGAGGUGGAUCCCUGAGCUCAACCCUGGAGAUAUCAACCUGGUGGAGACCAAGAGUGACACGCUGGGGAUCAGUAGCAGUAAGGUAACAGUGUUGGGUUACGGGCUGCUCACCACAGAUGCACGCCCCCUGGUGGAGGCUCUGACCAGACAGAGGUUUAAUGUGGUGGUGGUGGAUGAAUCCCACUACCUCAAGUCCAGGAACGCAGCCAGGUCUAAGAUACUGGUACCACUCAUCCAGAACGCCAAGCGGGCCAUCCUACUGACGGGCACCCCGGCCCUGGGACGGCCAGAGGAGCUCUUUAUGCAGAUAGAGGCUCUCUAUCCGAGGAUGUUUGGAACGUGGAGUGACUACGCCAAACAAUACUGUAACGCCCAUUACAGGGUCUUUGGUAACAGGAGACAGUGGGACUGUCGUGGUGCCUCUCAUCUUGAGGAACUCCACCAGCGUCUCAGUGAGAUCAUGAUCCGGAGGCUGAAGGUCCAGGUCCUCCCCCAGCUACCCCCCAAAAUACGCCAGCGCAUCCCCUUCGACCUGCCCAAAGACGCUGCCAAGGAGGCGAGCGGCAGCUUGGAGGAGUGGGAGCGCCUGAUGAGGACGAUGGGUUCGGGGGUCUCUGCCACGGACAACCCCUUCACUGAAGUCAUGGGGCUCGUGACACGCAUGUACAAACAGACCGCCAUCGCUAAGGCCGGAGCAGUGAAAGACUACAUAAAGAUGCUGCUGGAGACUGAGAAGUUGAAGUUCCUGGUGUUUGCUCAUCACCUGACCAUGCUACAGGCAUGUACCGAGGCUGUCAUCGAAGCCAAGGCCAGUUACAUCCGUAUCGAUGGCAGUGUUCCGUCCUCAGAGCGUAUCCACUUGGUUCACCAGUUCCAGAAUGACCCUGAGACGCGCGUGGCCGUCCUCAGCAUACAGGCUGCUGGGCAGGGCCUGACGUUCACAGCAGCCACUCACGUGGUGUUUGCUGAGCUGUACUGGAACCCUGGCCAUGUGAAGCAGGCUGAGGACCGGGCGCACCGCAUCGGACAGACCGCCUCCGUCCACGUGCACUACCUCAUCGCCAAGGGAACCUUUGACACCGUUAUGUGGGGCAUGCUCAACAGGAAGGAAACGGUAACGGGCAGUACUCUUAACGGUAAGAAGGAGUACUUAAAGGCAGAGUUGGGGGAUAAGGACAAAUGGGACUUCCUGAAUUUCGCCGAGGCGUGGACACCAAGCGAGACGACCCUGGCAGCAGGAGGAGUGGUUGACAAUGACAAAGAUCCUGUGUUCUUUAACCAUUUUGAGAAGGACAAACAGCACGACAUCCGUUCGUUCUUCUCUCCGGACGCGGGUAAAGAGAAGAAGAGGAAAAGAACAGAGGGUGAGAUUUGCCUAUCCCCCGUUACCCCUCAGAGAAGGAGGGUGAAGAGGCUGCGGCUGCCCACCUCCACCCUCACCCGCAGCGCUACCCACAGCCCCAGGUCUCGUCUUGGGGGGAAACGGAGGUCCCUCCAUGGGGGGAGAGGCACCACCAGCAGCCCCCUGGCCUCUCUGUUUACCCCCCGUCGGCUCUCUGAGAAAGGGACCCCGAAACCAAGGUUGAGCCCCAGACCAGGACCACCAGAUCAGGGGAAGGGAGAUCAGUGGAGCUGUGGGGCCUGUACUUACUCCAACAGCAUCCUGCUCCUUUACUGUGAGGUGUGUGAGUCCCCACUCCACAGGCCCAGCACUGUUCUUCCACCUCUCAGCUCCAGACACACAAAACAGGUUCCCCUGCUGUGUCCCCAGGCUCCAGGCCUUCAGUCCAAAGAAGGGGCCCUGGAUAAUUCCUGGCAGACAGAUGGUCAACAGAGAGAGCAGGAGGAGAGACAGACAGACGGGAAACAGAGAGGGCAGGAGGAGAGACAGACAGACGGGAAACAGAGAGGGCUGGAGGAGAGACAGACAGACGGGAAACAGAGAGAGCAGGAGGAGAGACAGACAGACGGGAAACAGAGAGAGCAGGAGGAGAGACAGACAGACGGGAAACAGAGAGAGCAGGAGGAGAGACAGACAGACGGUCAACAGAGAGAGCAGGAGGAGGAGAAGCUCAAAGGCAAACAAUCACCAGGAGAGGACCAGUCAGGCCCUCAUGAGCACACUGAUGCCCAGACAGACAGUGUAUUUAGUCCUGCUGAUGGUGAUGCUACGGCCAGUCUCCCCCUGUACCCCAACAUGAAGUUCUGCGCCAGCAAGAACACUGAGCGUAUCUACCUUUACUCCCAGGAGGACAGUCCACUGCACUGGAAUUUCAUUCCUCUGGACAUUAAACUGGACAGCUGGGAGGACCUGCCUGAAGCCUUCAGACGCAGAGAGAACAGGACACAGAUAUUGAGGUUUGUCCAGCAGUGGAGCACUCUGACAGCCAUGAAGCAGAGACUGAUCCGCAGUGGUCUCCUACCAUCCGAGGUGCACCCAGAGCCUCCUGUUGGUGCUCCUGAGGGCCCGUCAGAGGCUGAAGCUGGGUACCUGCAGGUGCUGGACAGUGAGGGUCGACCCUUGUGUCUGUCCUGCCACAAGGCCUGUGGGUCCACAGGAGGAGCCUGGGACACCUGCUUCUGUAGCCAGACGUGUCAGGAGGAGUUCCAGCUGCGCUCCAGCCAGGCCUACAUGCGUGCCCGGGUACUGCAGACGGAGCAGGGGGUGUGUCAGAGCUGCGGCCUGCAAGCCCACCAGCUGUACCUGAAGGUCCGCGACGCCCCGCCCACACACAGGAAGGAGAUGCUAGAGAACACCUGGCUGGCCCAGCUGUCACUCAAACAGCUGAAUGAGAUGAUCCGUGCCCCCGUGGAGGGUCAGUUCUGGCAGGUGGACCACAUCCGACCCGUCUACAGUGGGGGAGGACAGUGUUCCCUGGACAACCUACAGACACUCUGCACCGUCUGCCACAGAACCAGGACAGCUCAGCAAGCCAAGGACAGAAGCCAGAUGAAGAAAGGACUGGCAGCCUCCAAGGUGGCUUCAGACAUCACUAGCUUCUUCAUAAAGAAAUGAACAUUGAAACUAAAUGUUUUCCUCAACCAAGGAAGGAGGGAAAGUUGGAGUGUACUGAGUGACAUAGGAAGGAUGUUUCUUCAGUGUGUUGUCAUCUCUG